AUGAUUGUGUAACUUGCUCGGUAACAGGAUUAAUGGGCUAGAAACACCUCUACAGAGACAUAGACUCUUGGGAGUGCAUUGAAUCUUGCCCUGAACAUACUAUUCCUAUGUCAAUUGAAACCACUCAGUUUAGUAGCAAAGCAUUCAAUUAUUGUAGAAAGAAAUAAAGUAAUGAUAAAGCUACAUAGAUUCAAGUAUCCUUUGAUAAUUAUACAAGAUCUCUAAGCAGCUUUAAUCCUACAAUAUAAACUAAUGAUUGGCAGAUAAAUCCGAAAAAGCUAUUACAAAUACGUUUGUAGUUGA